AGCGUCUCGUUCAAAGAAGAAGAGCGUGUUUUGUUUAUGGGGCAUAUUAGCUGUUUGCUAGCUACGCUUUAUAAUAAUAAUAAUAAUAAUAAAGAAUAAUAAUCUGACCAUUAAUUAUUAAAGCCUUUAUAUCGGUAUCGUUUAGACAGAAUGAUGAAACAGCGGAACGUGUCGUUUAUGCAGAUAAAAUUUGAACAGAUAGCCGGAUAGCUAGCGCGCUAAGUUAGCGUUAGCAUUAGCGUUAGCUAGCGCGCUAAGUUAGCAUUAGCGUUAGCUAGCGCGCUAAGUUAGCAUUAGCGUUAGCAUCUCCGGCUAAUUAAGAGCGGUUUAAUAACUAAAGCGCGGAUUAGUGAGUGAGCUGCGAUUAUAUGAACCAGCUGGAACAUGUCUUUAGUGGCGUACGACAGCAGCGACGACAGUGAGCGUGACGACCCGGUCCCAGAGUCCCGCAGCUCGGCUAAACCCGGCGGUUUGUUCGGCUCCCUGCCCGCUCCCAAGCGUUCAGAGCCCGCGGUGGGAAACCUGAAGUCCGGGCCGGAGCCCCGAGGCAGGAAGCGCGCAGAGCCGGUCAGGAUCACUGCUCCAGAGAUCCAAGAGGAUAGUUCGGAUGAAGAUGAUGAACCUGUGAGAAAGAAAGUAGGAGCUCAGGGUGGUGGUCUGUCAUCUCUGCUUCCCCAACCCAAACACCUGAGUGUGAAGGAGACAAAGCGCCCCCUGGUGCCACACACUCUUACCAAACGCCCCGCUCCUGCUGCUCACACCAAAGGGACCAAGCCGGGGUCUCAGGGCGUGUCUGGGACGAGUCCGUCCCCAUCGGCCAUUAAAGCGGCGGCCAAGUCGGCAUCGCUGCAGUUCGCUCGUCAGAUCGCCGCAGACGAGGAGGGCAGUGACGAUGAGCUCGCACCUGAGAAUUACUUCUCUCUGUCAGAAAGGUCUUCUGAGCCGCCGGCCGAGGCGCCGUAUCCUGAUCCUCAGCCGUACGCUCCAGCACUGCAGCCUCCUCCCAGCGCAGAAGACGCUCCGCUCGACUUCGGCUCAGCCGCAGAGUCCCAGUCCAAGCCAGCGUGGGGCGCUCACGAGUACCAGACCGCCGAGUACCAACCACAUGAUCAUGCACCCAGCGCUCAGGAGUUUUAUACCCAGGGUUACUUUCAGGAGCAGAACUCGGGUUUUGAGCAGGAGGAAGGAGAAUCUUCUACUCUGUUCAACGAUGAAGCAUUCCGCAGACUGCAGGGGAAACAGAACCGAGGGAAAGAAGAGAUCAAGUUCCUGGAGAUUAAAGGUGACGAUCAGCUCAGUGGCCAUCAGCAGUGGUUGAUGAAGAACAUGACCACGGAGAUGGAGCCACGCAAAUCCUUCAGUAAGAAAAAAGGAGAUCAGCCGACUGGGCAACAGAGACGCAAACACCAGAUCACAUAUCUGAUACAUCAAGCUAAAGAGAGAGAGAUGGAGCUGAAGAACAGCUGGUCUGACAAUAAACUCACUCGCAGACAGACUCAGGCCAAAUACGGCUUCUAGAGAUCUGAAUAACCUGUGUGUGUGUGUGUGUGUGUGUGUGUGUGUGUACAUGUUGGUCUGAGAAUUGUUUCAGCACUGAUUGAAACUCCAUCCAUAAUAUCUCUUCAUGUACAUUGACCUGAAACAUCCAGUGUGUGUGUGUGUGUGUGUGUGUGUGUGUGUGUGUGUGCAUGCAUGUGCCUAAAGGCUUAAAUGUACCAGAACACAAACGUUUAUUCUGUUAUGGUGACCUGUGAACUCUAAAGGCCGACUCCUGGACUCCAUGCUGCUCUGAGGCUAACGUAGCUAGCACACAACGGAAGUGUACGGCUGCCAGUUUAGCAGCUCGUCAUUCUUCACAAAUAAUGUAAAUAUUCUGCCUUUCCGAUUUAGGCCACGCCCCCUGCUGGUGGUGUGUAGUGAACCUCGCUACACUGGUGGCUUUACGCUUCCUUUGUCAGCUACGUUUAGGUGGAAGCUCUGAGGAAAACUUGUGGAGGUUUAGUUUAGACACAACUCCAAAUUCAUCAGCAGCUUCUGUUUGAGCUACAAGGCAACAGAUCUGUGAACUACGUGUGUGUGUGUGUGUGUGUGUGUUGCAGUAAAUAUGUAAUACUCUGUAUAGCAGUUUUUUUUUAAUGUGAAGUAAAAUAUAAUAAAGAGAAAGUGUGAAAGAAAGGAAUGUUUUUCCCCAUAAAAGGACUUCCUGUUCUCUGUAUAACGUGUCACUCUCUCAGAACUGAACAAGUAUGUGUGUGUGUGUGUGUGUGUGUGUGAGAAAUCAGAAAUACUGAUAAAACCUGACCAAACAGAAUCUGAUGUAAAUAAACUUCAUUUAGUUCUGAAAGAUCAGAUGUAAAA